AAUGAAGACUGAACUUUUUUAGGCGGCAAUUAUGUGCCAUGUUUGAGUGAGUCGAGAAAGUUGGAUGGGGUGCCAGACAGCAUUCUAUUUAACUAUGAACUUUCUCUGACAACGAUGUUUAAAAAUUACUGGACAUAGGACUUCUUUAGUGCAUCCUUGUUUCCCAGUGAAAGCUUAUUCUACAACAUUAUUGAAGACCGAUGAAUGAUUUAAGCUGUAACAGUAUUUGUCAGCUAUUGUGUUGUCCUCCAUUACCAUCUAAAAUUGCAGCUAAGUUGGCAUUUAUGCCUCCACUUCCCAGUUAUAAACUGACGGAGCAUGCUGAAGGGGGGCAUACUACAUACAGCUUUACUCUGGCUUCAUACUUGAAAGAUUCAUUUAUCCAUUUUGUCCCAGAAAGCAUGGAAUCAAUGAAGGCUACAACAAGAAGAGGCAAUAAUAUUGCGAUUCUUUAUAUGCCCAUCAAUUCUUCAUCUAAGCUUACUUUCUUGUUAAGCCAUGGGAAUGCUGUGGACUUGGGUCUGAUGCUUCACUUCAUGUAUGAACUGGGGAGCAAGUUGAACGUUAACAUCAUGUGUUACGAUUAUUCAGGCUAUGGAGUGUCUUCUGGAAAGCCUUUGGAAAAAAACCUUUAUGCUGAUGCUGAGUGUGCAUUAAAUGUUUUAAGAACGAAGUAUUCUAUCCCUUUAAACCAAAUUGUUUUGUACGGUCAGAGCAUCGGAACUGUACCGACAAUACAUCUGGCUACUCUUCAUCGAGUUGCUGCUGUCGUACUACAUUCGCCACUGAUGUCCGGGUUAAGGGUAGCUUUCCCGAGGUUGAAGCGCAAUUACUGUUGUGAUGUCUUCUCUAACUAUGUACGUGCUCCUCGGAUCAUUUCACCAACAUUGAUUAUUCAUGGCACUGAAGAUGAAAUAAUCGAUCGAGUCCAUGCCCAGCAGUUGUACGAACGUAUUCCUAAUACUUUGGAACCACUGUUUAUUCGUGGAGCUGGUCAUAACGAUUGUGAACUGUAUGAAGAAUAUCUUAUCCGCUUAGAAUACUUAGUUCAUGUUGAAGUGGAUGGCCCCGGUAUACUAAAUCUUUCCCAAGAAUCGAAUUCAAAUAAUAGGAAUAUACGGUUCAGUAAUGGAUUAUUAAAAUAUUUUUGCCGGAAUCGCAAGUCUUCUGAAAAUAAUUCGAAACAAAUCUCAUCAAUCCAAAUUUCAAGAAAAUCCAAAUCACCAAAAGACGAAUCACACAAACAGUCUGAUGUAUGUAUACCUGAUGCAUCUAAUCAUUGUCAUGAGAAAACACUGGCUUCAAUCACUCCUAUGUGGAUGCGAAAACGAGGACUUCAUGGUUCAUAUAGAUAUGUCAGCAACUCUAGAACUGAUAAGCGUAGAUGUAAACGAAUUCAUUCCUUAUCCGUUAACCCACCGAGUAAGCCAUCUGAUCAGUUUGAGGCUAGUGUAAUUCCAGAAAGAACUGACAUCAAGCUGGAGUGUGUGGAUCAUGGUGGUUCACUCAACGAGUUGGAUAAUAAGACAUCGAAACUAAUAACGAAUAUAUAAAAUAGUAGCUGCUAUGUUCGUCUCUCGAGAUUCCUUUUUUCCCCAAGAGAAACUAUUUGAAAUGUCUUCCGGUCUCACUGAUUCGAAAAUGUAAUAUUGUAAUAGGUAAAAACUUUUCUACUGAAUCUGUAGGAUUUUCCUUAAAAAAAGCUCAGCAAUUACCUGCCGCUACAUCUUAAGUGUACAUAAUUUUGCUUUUGACGUUAGAUUUUGUUUUAAUGUUUCCUAUUUCAUAAUGAAAUGGCAUUAUUUUCAUAAUUGUAUAUACAUAUUCAAUAGUGUGAAUUUCUAUAAAUAUUAUGCGUUUAAUACUAUCAGAUUAUUUCAGUUAAUUAAAGUUGUAUCAAAGUACAUGACAAUUUAGUUUUAUGAAAGUAGUAUUUACCUACUACUUUUCAUUCAGCGUAUUUUCAAAAAUAACAGUUUACGAGAAGUUUCCUGAUUAGUAUUUUUUGUCUUCUCUCAUACAUCCCACUAACUUCGUUAUGUUCGUCACACAACAAGUCAUACAAUGCUCGUACACUUUCAUCCAGAAUCUUAGAUGAAUGUUCACAAGCAUCUUUUGUUGUUUUAAACUCAACACAAGUGAUUAUACAAGUAAAUACACUCACAACACAUUA